AUGCCGAUACAGAUAUUUGCUGCCGUCGGCAUGCUUUACAUGAUAUAUCAUGGCUUUGUCCCACGCAGGUCUAAUUUUGUUGAGGAAGUGGAGGGCACCGGUGGUGUUGCCUCGCUGGGCACAACAGUGAAUGACCCCGAAAAUGUGUUGCAUCUGGAGAAGGAUAGAGCAAAAGAGGAACUACAAGCAUUAGCGUGUAAUACUGAAACUCGUCAUUACCCACAGUUGAUGUCUGCUUAUGUGGGUAUUGUAAGGGGGCAGCGGGUUUCCCCCCAAGAUGGGAUGAGACCGAGCCCAAUGGUGUGUUCGCUGCAAGAACAGCCCCACCAGCUGCUGGUAAUAGAGUUUUUGAUGACGAUCAUGGGGACGAUAUAA